AUGAACAGCAGCAACAACAAAAACAACAGCAAAAACACCAACAACAACCACAACAGCAACAAAAUCCUCGACAACAACAUUUACAACAAUAAACAAGUCAACCACAGCAUCAACGACAUUCACAACAUCAACAACAACAUCAACAACAGCAACACAUGCACGAACAAAGGCUGCAAUGGAAUUCAACAAAGCUCCCAGACAAACAAAACUAUCGACAACAAUGUCUACCGUACAACUGACAAAAUCUACAACUUCGACAACAAUUCGCACAAAAUCAGCAACAAAAAUAUCGGAUACAACAUCAAUUAUCUUCAUAACAACAACAACAACAACAACAACAACAACAACAACAACAGUUACAUCGACAACAAUAACUCUUACAACAGCAACAAUUACAACAACUACACCACCACCACUCACAAAAGCAGCAGCAGCAGAAGCAACAACAACAACGGCAAAUUUUGCGUCGACAACGAUACUCCAAACAACCCCUGUAACAUUAAUUACAACAAAUACAAUGACAAUGACACGAUGGUCAUCGUAAGUGGCAUCAAGAAAUACAGCAAUGACGUCAUCAACAACAUAAACAACAACAGCAACAACAAAAAACGCAACAUUCGAAGCAACAACAACAAUAAUAGCAUACCUCUCAACGACUCGGUAAAACCGGAUGCUGAUCAAUUAGUUAACCGACAAUACGAUUAUUACGAUACCUACGUUGACACCGGUGAUGACGUCACAACCGGAAACGAUGAUGAUGGCGAUGAUGAUGAUGAUGAUGUAAAUAAAGAUAGUGAUGAUGACGUAGAUGAUAUAAACAAAAUAAGCGAUGGAAAUGUAAACAAAGCUAGCUAUGAUGACGACGAUGAUGACGUAAAUAGCGGUUAUGACGACGAUGACGAUGAUGAAGACGAUGAUGAAGACGAUGAUGAAGACGAUGAUGAUGAUGGUGAUGACGUUGUAGAGGGUGCCAAAGACAAAAAUUCUUAUGUUGAUGUAGAUGAUAAUAAUCAAUAUCACCGAAAAACAAAUAAAAUAAACAACAAAAUCGUCAUCAACAACAACAAAAACAAUAUAAACAAAAGUAGUAACUUUAAUAAAAAAUACAACGACAAUAAAAUUAGCAACAACAACAACAGGGUUUCUAACAAGCAGGCUGCCAUUAAAAACAACAACAACAACAACAACAAAACAAAUAAUACAGACUACUAUGAUUAUUAUUAUGACGCCAAAAACAACGACAACAACAAUAACGACAAAAAAAUAACAAAAAUCAAAACUUUGAAAAACAGCAAUACCAACAACCACAAGGCAUAUAGCAAAGGAACCAGCAACAGCAAAACGAGCAACAACAAAACAAACAACAACAACAACAACAGCUUCAUAUACAUUGCAGGAUUACUGCCAAUAACCAACACUCCGCCAACAAUUAGUGCGGCCGGCAUACUGCCAUCUGUUAACAUGGCCUUGACCCACAUCAACGAUGACCUUGACAUUCUCAAAGGUCACCUGAUCAAGUUAUUCUGGGAUGACACUAAAGUGUAUUCAAAAGUUUAA